AAAGGAAGGAAGAAAGAAAGAGAGGAAGGAAGGAAGGAAGGAAGGAAGAGAGAAAGAAAGAGAGAGAGGAAGGAAGGAAGGAACUGAACCCCCUGAUACAUGUUGUCUCGAAACCAAGACAAUAUUCUCUUAAAAAACCAUAUGAUUUCUUACUAAAUGCCAAAAGGUAAAGGUAGACCGCUCUGAAGAAAAGUAAGAAAGUUUUAUGUUUAUUAAAAUUGGGCUGCCUGUGGUAAGACGGCGUGUUAAGUUGGCGCGGGAGAGUAGGGCCUGGGUACGAGAAGUCAGACGCGGGAAAAGACAGAAGAAGAAGAGACGCGCGAAAGUCAAAAGCUAUUCAAGAAAGAAAAGGUGAAAAAGCUGCUUUAAUGCAUGAAUGUGUGAAAACAUUGGAGCUUAAAGGAUUCCUGGAAAAAGGGAGUCGAUCGAGCGAAGAAUAAAGACAAGAGAGAAGCUGAAACAACGACAAAGACUCAGACAAACUUAGGAUUUAAAUCGAUGAAAUGAAGUCUGUGCCAGUCAAGACAGUCGAUUGUUAUUAGAGGGCUUUUUCUGAACCAAGUAAAGCUACUUUCACCAUGUUAGGCAAUGGAAAGAGCAAAAAGAGGCAAAGUGCUUCAAAUGGAGAAAAAUAAUAAGAAAAGUAACCAGCCCCACAACGAUGAAAGUAAAGAAGCUGAAGGCGCAGGGGACGUUGAUCCGCAGCAACGCGAUGUUUCUAUUGAUGAUGAUGGGUCAUCAUUAGAGAGCACAUCUUACUCUGAAUCAAUAGGAUCAGCAAGUAGUAUACCUUGCCAAGAUGAGCUAGCCAAGCUGGCAGAAAUUGUGAUUGAUUUUGAUAUCAAUUUUAAUAAGGACAAAAGCGAGAGGAAAGAGGAAGUGAAAGAAGUCCUUAAAGCAGAAAUUGCACUCAGAAACACAAGUGGAGGAGUUAUAAGAAUUAACAGUACACAGAAACCAGCAGUGAAAGAUAGAGAUGACUGGAUGAAAGACCUGUAUGAGAAACGAAAGACUUUACUUGGCAGUGAAUGUGGUGAAAAAGAUUCAAUUGGUGACAUUUUAGAUAUUAAAACCAACGGUGCCAUGACUUACAUAUUUGUAAGGAAGUCAUCAGUGACUAUUCUAACUGAUGAUUCUCACCUUCGACAGCGCAGUGAAGGAAGAAACUACAAAGUCUCUUUGUAUUCCAGAAUUUGUGAGCUGCUAAAUAGGAAGAAGAGAAGGUGUGUCUGUGCAAACAAUCCAAAAUUCCAUACAUCAUUUCGUUUGGGUGAAACAUUGUCUUAUGAAACAAUGACUGAGGAACACAAGCUGCUCAAUCCCAUCAGGAAUGAAAACCUGGCUAAUAACCUUUGUACCAAGCUAAGUGAUAAUGUAGUGGCAUUUGCAAACACUCAGGGAGGGACAGUGUACUUCGGAAUAGAAGAUAAACAUUCCUUCAUCAAAGGACAAAAGAUUGAAGAUAACGAAGAGAAAGAUAAUAUCUUACUUAGUAUAGUUGAAUGUAUGGAACGAAAGCUUUGGGCUUUGGAUUCUGGAGAAAAGGUUAAACCUAAAGCAGGUGAAGAUUAUCAUAUCAAGUUCUUCCCAGUAGAUGGGGCUGGUGAUAACACUUAUGUCAUAGCAGUCCAUAUCUGUGCUUUCCCUGGUACUGCUGUGUUUAAGAAGGAACCAGAAUGCAGUGUACUGGAUCAGGAAAACCAAACUGUCAAGAUGGAAUUUAAGGAAUGGCUUUCUCUACACAAGCCUACUUCUGUAGGAGAUGAAAAUGACCAAAAGAAAUUAAAGCGUCAAACAUGUGGGAGAACAGUCUAUUACACUGUGAAAGACACCAUUGAAGAUAUUUACAGUGAUUUGAUAGAAGGUUCACCAGGGACACUAAAGAUCAGGCCAAAACAUGCAAUGCAUUCAAGAAACAGAAGCUUGCAAACAUUUUUUAGCUGUUUGAAUAAGAUGUUCGAAGAAAAUAAAUGGGAAGGCAUUACAUUCAUUGAAAGAUGUUGGGGAGUUAAUAUAGGGCUUCCAAACACUAAGCCAGCAGAGGUGAUUCGGGACAUUUUGGUUUGUUCUCCAAGCAUUCCUCUUUUAUUGGUUAGUCUAUGUAAGGGAGAAGCUACCAGUGAAAGCCUCAAGUACAACAUAAAGCUAGCAACUAAGUUGAAGGGGAUACUUGCCCAAGAAGGAGGGUGCAUGGAGAAAUUCUAUGUUAAGCCUAUCACACUUGCAUGCUCUGAAGAAGAUGACAUAGGCAUACUAGAUGAGAUGAUAUCUCAUGCAUCUGUCUAUCCCCAUGCCUACCGGAUGUCUAAUGAGAAAUAUCAGGCCAUCAUUAAAGCCCUAGUCCCUGUACUUGCCAAAGUGAAUUCCUCAUUUAAAGGUUUUGUUGGCAAUCAUCUUUUUCAUUUGCUCACCAAGGAGCAAUAUGAGAUUCUCUUUGAGAAUUUUGAAUCGCCAAAAUUGAUGAUAACAGGCCCUCCUGGCAGUGGGAAAACUGUUUUGGCGAUUGAACGUAUUCAUCGUCUAAGAAGACAGGGCUUUUCUUUUAAAGAAGUUUUGUUUGUGUGCUCAAAUGAGGUGCUGGAGGCUAAAGUCAGGCACAUUAAAGUAACCAAUUUGGAUGGUAAACCAGAGCCAUUAUGUUUAACAUACAAUUAUUUUGGAAUCAUUUCUUAUCUGAGAAUUAAACAUGCACUUGCUGGUGUGAAGCAUAUUGUGAUUGACGAAUGCCAACAUUUCAAGCAGAACCCCCCAACACCUCAAUCGACUGGUGGGAGAUAUUGGUGGGAGAUAUUAAUGGAUUGGUGUGAUAACAAGAAUCCUCCAAGUCUUUGGAUAUUUAGUGACUCCUCCCAGCGGAUAUUCAAAGGACCCUGUGUACUUGAUAGUCUACCAGAUGGUUUCUCCCACAGGCAGCUGAGUACCGUCAUCAGGACCACUGUCAAAAUACACAGAUUCAUUUGUGAAAGAUUCAUGAAGAAUGGCCCUCUGAUUCAACUUGGACAUAAUCUUGAAGGAGAGGACGUCAAAGUUCUGGUGCCAAAUCAACCAGAAGAAGAAGAAGAAGAAGAGCACUUGGUAACUCUGGUAUACUUGUUGAUCUCCCUCCUUAAAGACAUGGUUAAUAAAGGAGUUGAUCCAGACACCAUUGGAGUUCUUUUUACAGAUAGAGGGGAAAAGGCCUUCUAUCGAAAAUUAUUUGAUGAACACACAGAGCAUUGUCGAGUCAAGGAUGGAAGGGCUGUCUCUGAACAUGGUAUCGUGUUUGACACUAUCCGCGACUUCUGUGGGGAGGAUAAAGACAUCAUUAUUGGGUUCUGCCCCCACUUUGAUCCUAAUUCAGGUUUCCAGAAUAAUGAGGCAUUGAUGGUCUCCUUAUGUAGUCGGGCAAAGCUCAAGCUCAUUUUGAUCCUUGAGGAUGAUCAAGUGGCAAACUCUUUUGGAUUGGCUGACUGCUUGAAAAAAACAGAUAUCCCAUUUGUAAAGGAUGAAGUUAUAAACUUCAGGGGGUGAAACACUUUCAAAAAAAAAGAGAUAGAGAUGUAACAGGAACACAGGUUGAGUAAGCUAGGAAGGAGAGAGAUCCCAGGGGCAUUACUAAACAGCGAAACACCAAAACAACACAAUAAACAUGAUUUUUUGCUGAAUUCUAAGCUUCAAAACACAAAUGGUCUAUUGUGUAUUUGUCUUUGUAUGAUGAAUAUUCUGAUUGAGUGAUAGCAACUAUUUGUCACUAAAUAGAUACUAUUAGUUAGUAUUUAGUUUGAUUUUAUUUCACGGUUUAAUUGCAUCCGCUCUAACAUGAUCCAAGUCAAAUGAAAACUACUGUAUGUUUUAACAAUUAUUAAAUUUGCAUAAGAAAGUAAUCUCAAAACCAGAAAGAGAAUGUUUUUGCCAGUACACCAAAUUGCAUUCCCAGUACACCAAAUCCCAUUCCCAGUACACCAAAUCCCAUUCCCAGUACACCAAAUCCCAUUUCCAGUACACCAAAUCCCAUUCCCAGUAUAAACGGGUAUUUAUAAACGUGUUGAAGUGCAUUUCCUUCACAGAUUUCAUUAUCAAAAUAUGCAUUUAUGUAAUGUUGGAAAAAACGGCAAAAACAUUCUCUUUCCAUUUGAUAAGUUUAAUUUAUUUUCUUAUUCGGAUUAAAUAAUUGAUAAAACAUAAGGUAGUUUUUAUAUGAGUUUUUAGAUCGUGUUAUAAUUAGUUAAUGAAGAAAGUGUCAAAGCUCAGUGAUUCAUAAGUACGUUAAAAGGAAGUCAUAAAGUUAAUUUAAGUUAUUAACUAUGUUUUUCCACAGGAUGCGGACUCAAAGAAGCUUAGAAUUUGGCAAAAAAUUAUGUUUUAUUGUGUUGUUUCGGUGUUUUGGUGUUUCGCUGUUUAGUAACACCCAGAUCCUAGGUUCUCUUGGGCUAUUUUAUGAAAAACUCAAAUCACACAUGAUUAAAAAACGGGAACGACUAACAUUUCUUCUCUUUAAAUAUAAAUAGAAUAAUGAACUAAUCUGUGAGAAACCAAAUGAAUACAAUGAUAUGGAAAUAUAUUA